CCCAAGCUCCAGCCCAGGCUCCAUCCCAAGCCCCAGCCCCGGGUCCAUCCCAAGCUCCAGCCCAGGGUCCAUCCCAAGCUCCAGCCCCGGGUCCAUCCCAAGCUCCAGCCCCGGGUCCAUCCCAAGCUCCAGCCCCGGGUCCAUCCCAAGCUCCUGCCCAGGCUUCUAAUCAAACACAGGCUCAACAACAGCCAGAGAAACCAAUCAUGUCUCAAGUCCCUGUCCAGGUAGUUCCACAGCCUGCAGGAACACCCAGGCCCCAGCCUCAGGCACAAGCCAGGACUAUGUUUCCUUCUCAAUCACAGGCCAUGGCUAGUGCUCAGGUUCUACCCCAAGCAGGGCCACAGCAAGUCCCCCAGGCAUAUCUUUAUGGCCAGCCUCCUGCCCAAUCUCUGACCCAACCCCAAGCAAAGACCAAGAAUCACACUAAACCUAAACCAAUGGCCCAAACCAAACAGCAACCCAAGACUAUUAUCCAUGCUCCAUCCCAAACCAUGACUCACACUGAACCCCAGCCCAUAACUCAAGGCCAAGCACAACUCAUGACCUAUGGUCAAUCUCAACCUAUGACCUACUCACAAUCACAGAUGCAGGCCAUGUCUAAAUCCCGGAUGACUCAAGAGAAACCCCAGCCACAGGUCGAGAAACCUCAGCCACAGGUCCAGAAACCACAGCCACAGGUUCAGCCACAGGUUCAUCAACUGAUGCAUCCACAGUCUCAAGCUCAGGCCCAACCACAUCACCAAGCGUGGGCCCCAGUCAGGCCACCUCAAACACUCACUGAGACGCACUGGCUGGGCCUGCAUCCACAGGCCCAGCCUCACCCCCAGGCUCACCCACAACUCCAGGCCCAGCCUCACCCUCAAGUUCAGCCUCAACACCAGGCCCAACCUCACCCUCAAGUUCAGCCUCAACCCCGGGCCCAUCCUCAACCUCAUGUCCAGCCUCACCCCCAGGCCCAGCCUCACCCUCAUGUCCAGCCUCACCCCCAGGCCCAGCCUUAUCCUCAAGUCCAGGCCCAGCCUCAUCCUCAAGUCCAGCCUCAUCCUCAAGUCCAGGCUCAUCCCCAGGCUCAGUCUCACCCUCAAGUUCAGCCUCAUUCCCAAGUCCAUCCUCAACCCCAGGCCCAGCUUCACCUACAGGCCCAGCUUCACCCCCAGGCCCAGACUUACCCUCAAGCUCAGCCUCACUCCCAGGCCCAGCUUCAUCCUCAUCCUUAUUCCCCUGCUCAGGCUCAACCCCAACAAUGGGCCCCAGUUAGACCCUUCAGCCCAACUUACCCUCAGCCAAAGGGUCAUCCCCAGCCAAUAACCCAGGUAUCCCCAGUCAGACCUGAACCACGGCCACAAGCCUAUCCUCAGCCCAUCAUGGUCCAGCGUCACCCUCUUCCUCAGGCUUACCCACUAGGUCAAGCUCCACCGCAGCAAUGGGCCCCAAUCAGGCCAGAGCAAGCCCCCCAGGCAUAUCUUUAUGGCCAGCCUUAUGGCCAACCUCAAGCCCAAAUACAGCCCCAAAGCCAUGUUCAACAGCAGCCUCAGGUGAGAGCUUACAACCUUACCAAUGUUAAGGCCCAGCAAGGCCCGUUCCAACAGCAGCCAUGGGCCCAGUCCCAUCCCCAGCCUCAAAUUCAACCCCAGCCAUAUUUCCAGCCUCAGCCACCUCCCCAGACCCAAAUUCAACCCACAACCCAUUUGCAGCCUCAGCCCCUCUCUCAGACUCAUUCUCAGCCCCAGAUCCAGACCCAGCCCAAACUUCAGCCUCAGCCCCACUCUCAAACUCAUUCUCAGCCCCAGAUCCAGCCCAAGCUUCAGCCUCAACCCCACUCUCAGCCACAGCCUGAGCCACAGAUCCAGAUGGACCCCAAGCCCCAGACCCAUAUCCAGCCUCAAACCCACUCACAGCCCCAGACCAAGCCUCAGUCUCAGCUCCAGCCCAUGACCCAGCCCAUGCCCCAGCCGCAACCAGAGCCACCACCCCAGCCCAGUAUCCAGCCUCAGACCCAGACCCAACCCCAGCCACCUCCCCAGCCCAAUAUCCAGCCUCUUCCCCAGGUCAAGCCUCAGCUCCAGCCUAAGACCCAGCCCCAGCUCCUUUUUGAGCCUCAUCUCCUUCCCCAGUCACCACCAGAUUCCCCGGAGCUCCAGAUAAAACCCCCAGCUCUGGCCCAGGCCCCACCCCAGGCUUACACCGAGGCCUAUGCCAAAGCUCAGGCCCUGGCCAGGAACCAGUUUGAGGAGGCCAAGCACUGCCUGCAGGAGCACAUCCUGGCUGCCAUUAAUGUCUUCAAAGACAAACACAUAUCUAUCGAACAAGCUUCAGUGAAGGAGGAGACCCUGAGGACCCUGGACCCUGAGCUGUUGAAAGUGUUCCUGAGGGCAGCAGAGGGUAUGGAGGCCUUCUGCACCAUGCCUCAGCUCAGAGAUAUGGAGUUCUUCACACAGUCUGUCAGGACCCAAUGGGAGGCUGUGAGAGCUGAGACAGCGGCGUUUUCGCAGCAUUUACGAUUUGAGAUUAAGAGAAAAUACUUUAACACAGCUGCCUUGCAGUGUGAGAUGCACUUUAACUCAAAAUUAGCAUCCAAAGCGAAGGCGUGUUUCUCUGCAGAGGGCAGCCUAGCCCAGGCUGGGCAGCACCUGGAGGCCCUGAAGGAGCUGUGUGACACGCUGAGCCCAGAGGAUGCCCACCGUCUGGCCCAGGCUCAGCUCAGGGAGUGUGAGAAAAGACUGGCCGCCAUCCAGCGCCAGUUCAGUGGGGACAGGGAUACACCACCCCCCGACACACCUGGAAUUCCUCUUGACCUGGGGAAAGAUCUGACCCCACAGAAUGAAUCUAUAGUGCAGAGUGACAAACCUCCAGGCCCAACUGAGGUUUCACAAGUUGUUGUGAAGACAGCGGUUGUUGAGAAGAGGGUGAUUGACGAGAAGGAGAUUGACAAGCAGGCAGUCAUAGAGGAGGAUCCUGCUAAAAAGGAGGCAUUAGAAAGAUAUGACAUUACUAAGAAGGCUGUUCAGGCUCAACUAGCCAAGAUCGAGCAGAAUUCCCAGAGAGACCUGGCCGCUGACUCAGUCUCUCUCAAAGACCUGCACACACGUCUACAGGAGAUACAGACAUUGUGCCAGGACACAGAGUCUCUGUGGUCUGAGUUUGGCCACCAGUGUUCUCAGAGCUCCCAGUACAGUGGGGAGAGUGGUGAUGGUGGUGUGACUGUGGAGCACGACCAAGCUGAACUGAUGAAGCAGUGGAGAGGCCAGCAGUCAGCUCUGCAUAGGAGAGGCAGCUCUCUGGGGGCAGCUCUGAGACAGAUAAACUCCACAGAGAACCACGUUGUUGACUUCUCCGAACGCCUCGACUGCUUCAUCAGAGAGCCCAAGGACAUCAACGCAUUUACACUGGCCAACACCAACAUCCUGACGGACAUCAAGGACCUGGAUGAGAGCAUUCAGAGAGAGCUGGACCAGCUGUCUAGUUUUGACUCUGAGUCCAGUGAGCUGGAUCCCAGUGACCGCUCUCCUUUGACCCGUAUGGUCAAGACCCACAGAACCAGUCUAGACAAGCUGAGACAGCAAGUCCGUAAGAGCGAGGCGGCCGCCAGGGCCCUGGACCGCUUCCUCAUGUCCCUGCGCACCGUAGAGCAGGACAUCUCUGGAGUACAGGGUGCCCCCUGCAGCGAUGCGUGGGUACUGCAGGACUGCCGCUCCAAGCUGGCCCUGAUCAGGCAGAGUGUGGACAGUCUGGGGGACAAGGCCCCCCAGCUAGACUUGCUACUCCAGGGGGCCAGGCUGUCUGUGACUCGGGACGGGGCCCCAGCCUCCUGCCUGGACAUGGUGUCUGCCUUGGUGCAGCGGCUUGAGGAGGCUGACGGCAGUCUGGCCAGCCAGCAGCACAGUGUCCAGAGGGAGCAGGAGAUGAGGGGCCUGGGCCUGAGGAGGAGGACUCUGCUGGGGGAGCUGAGGAAGGUGCAGGAGGCAGCAGAGAGGCACGGACUAAAGGAGCCAACCAUGCCUGCUGUGCAGCAGAGGCUGCGUGUCCUGUCUGACCUGGAGGGCCAGCUGAACUCCCAGCGCUCUGAGCUCCAGAGACUCCGGGAGGCCCACUCUCAGAGCCAGGAGGGAGAAGGAAAUCCCCUGGAGGAGCUGAAUACCCAGUGGGAGGACACCCAGAGAGCUGUGGCUGACAGACAGGAACAGUGCAACAUCCUGCUGGAACUACUGAAGAUGUUCCAGAGCUGUCGCAGUUACUUAAACACCACCAUGCAGAAGGCGGAGCAGACCAUCAGUGAGCAGGCCUCCUACAUGGGCAAGGAGAACCUGCAGAGGCUUAUAGCUAAGGUCCAUGGUAUAAAGGAGGAUCUGAGUGGCUUGGGGACAGGCAUGGAGGAUAUCAGGGGGGUGUGCAGACAGCUGCAGUCCCAUCUGAAGAAGAUCCCUGACUGUAAUGAGACUCCAUUUGAGGUCGAGGCUGAUGGACUGGUGGACCAGUGGCUGGAUGUGACAGAGAAGACAGACUCCUACAUAGAUAACCUGCGCAUGGGGCUGGAGCUGUGGGACAAGCAGCUGAUGUUAGGGGGAGAGGUGGACUGCUGGGCAGGGGCCAAACUUGCCAUGUUUGCAGAAAGCCACCCCUUCCAGAACGAACAGGAGGUCCUGACCAUAAGGGAUGAGAUCCAUGCCCAUGAGGAGAACAUUGAGCAUUUCCACAAGAAGUCCAUUGAGAUCCAGGAGCUUCUUCAAACCCAAGAGGCCCCAUUGGAGCUACAGGUGAUGGAGACCCAGCUGAGGAAGAAGAUGGAUCAGGUGGACGAGCUAUUCUCCGACAGCACCGAUGUCUUCCAGGAGCUGAUCGCUGUAAAGAGACACCUGGCAGAGAAGAUGACAGAGUGCCAGUCUGCCCUGCACACCAUCCAGUCCUCUCUGGGCGCGCUCAGUCUGCCAGGAGACCAGGCCCAGAUGCAGGAUCUGUGUGAGCAGCUACAGGCCCAGGAGGAGCAGGCAGGGUCAGUGCUGAAGGAGGUGGGCCUCAUGUCCAGUGUGGCCAGCACCCAGGUGCUGCAGACCCUGUCUACAGACUGCACCAGGCUCAGAGAGAACAUCUCACACACCAAAUACAUGAUCCACCAGAAACAGGAGGAGGGAGAAAAGGGCCUCAUCAAGGUCGUCAAAAAUGAGAGCCAUUUGUUUGAAGAGUGGUUCCAGGACCUGCAGUUGUCUGUGAACGAGUGCUUUGAGAACCCAGAGUGUAAACAGGACGUGGAGGCCUCCAUGAAAAGACUGGCUUGUUUCCUGGCAUCUAAGGAUGGUGAGAAGCAUCUGGGUCAGGUGAGAGAGCACCUGGAGAGAGGCAGAGAGCAGGUUCCGCCAGAGCAGCUGGCCCACCUGAAAAGCUGGCUGGGGGAGCAGGAGAAGGAGCUGGCCACAUUCAGAACCCACUGCCAGGGCAGACAGAGCCAGCUGGACACUGUCCUCAGAACCCUCAACAGUCUACAGCAGGAACAUGAACGUUUCCAUGACUGGCUUCAGGCCUGGGAACACAAGUCAGUGGAAGGAGAACAAGUCAACAACUUUCUCAAAGAUCUCCACAAAAAAAGUGAGAGAGUGGAGGCCCUCAGUGAGCUGUGUUCGUCGGUGCGGAGGCAGGGUCUGAGAGGGGACACCCUGCUGACUGACACUGAUGACCUCCUGCAGCGCUACCGGAGCCUGGAGGCCACACUGCAGCAGCAGGCCGAGAUCUUGAGAGUCCUGGAGGAGGACUGUAGGAGGUUUGAUACCCAGACUGACAGCACCAGGACCUGGGUUAGAGACCAGCAACAACGACAGCAUCACCAGAUCCAGAAAGAGGAGAGAAUACACACAGCACAGGUCAUUCUCAGUUCCAGACCUGAGGGAGACUCUAAGCUGCAGGACUUGAGGAGACGAUGCCAAAGUCUGUGUGAACAUCAGGACCUGGAGGAGAGCAGGAGACGAGAGGUUCAGCAGACAGUCAGAGACAUGGAGGAGGAGUGGAGGAGAGUCCUGCAGACUGCUGAGGAAACUCUUACCAAAGCUGAGAUGCAGAGUGCUAUCGAAGGCCAGCUGAGAGUGUUUGACUCCCAGACAGAAAGUACCAGGACCUGGGUCAGAGACCAGCAGCAGCAACUCCACUCUCUGGGCAACCAGGCCAAGACUGAGGACCAAAGACACACAGCACAGACCAUCCUGAGCUGCAGACCUGAGGGAGACUCUAAGCUGCAGGACUUGAGGAGACGAGGUCAAAGUCUGUGUGAACAUCAGGACCUGGAGGAGAGCAGGAGACGAGAGGUUCAGCAGACAGUCACAGACAUGGAGGAGGAGUGGAGGAGAGUCCUGCAGACUGCUGAGGAAACUCUUACCAAAGCUGAGAUGCAGAGUGCUAUUGAAGGCCAGCUGAGAGACUUGGAAACCCAGAAGGAGAACUCCAGGGCCUGGAUCAAAGGCCAACAUCAACGCUUACUUUCUUUGGGCAGCCAGGCCAAGACAGAGAACAGAAUACAAACUGCACAGGCCGUCCUGAGUUCCAGAACUGAGGGAGACUCGAAGCUGCAGGACUUGAGGAGACAAUGUCAAAGUCUGUGUGAACAUCAGGACCUGGAGGAGAGCAGGAGACAAGAGGUUCAGCAGACAGUCAGAGAAAUGGAAGAGGAGUGGAGGAGAGUCCUACAGGCUGCAAAAGAGGCGCUGGAUCGGGUAGAGGUACUAGAAAAAGAGCUGAGAGCUUUUGAAACCUGGAAGGAAGGCGCUCGGGUCUGGGUGAAAGACCAGAAACAACAGCUACACUCUCAGAGCAGCCAGACCAAGACUGAGGAGAGACUACAUACCGCACAGGCUGUCCUGAAUUCCAGACCUGAGGGAGACUCUAAGCUGCAGGACUUGAGGAGACGAGGUCAGAGUCUGUGUGAACAUCAGGACCUGGAGGAGAGCAGGAGACGAGAGGUUCAGCAGACAGUCAGAGACAUGGAGGAGGAGUGGAGGAGAGUCCUGCAGACUGCUGAGGAAACUCUUACCAAAGCUGAGAUGCAGAGUGCUAUUGAAGGCCAGCUGAGAGACUUGGAAACCCAGAAGGAGAACUCCAGGGCCUGGAUCAAAGGCCAACAUCAACGCUUACUUUCUUUGGGCAGCCAGGCCAAGACAGAGAACAGAAUACAAACUGCACAGGCCGUCCUGAGUUCCAGAACUGAGGGAGACUCGAAGCUGCAGGACUUGAGGAGACAAUGUCAAAGUCUGUGUGAACAUCAGGACCUGGAGGAGAGCAGGAGACAAGAGGUUCAGCAGACAGUCAGAGAAAUGGAAGAGGAGUGGAGGAGAGUCCUACAGGCUGCAAAAGAGGCGCUGGAUCGGAUAGAGGUACUAGAAAAAGAGCUGAGAGCUUUUGAAACCUGGAAGGAAGGCGCUCGGGUCUGGGUGAAAGACCAGAAACAACAGCUACACUCUCAGAGCAGCCAGACCAAGACUGAGGAGAGACUACAUACCGCACAGGCUGUCCUGAAUUCCAGACCUGAGGGAGACUCUAAGCUGCAGGACUUGAGGAGACGAGGUCAGAGUCUGUGUGAACAUCAGGACCUGGAGGAGAGCAGGAGACGAGAGGUUCAGCAGACAGUCACAGACAUGGAGGAGGAGUGGAGGAGAGUCCUGCAGACUGCUGAGGAAACUCUUACCAAAGCUGAGAUGCAGAGUGCUAUUGAAGGCCAGCUGAGAGACUUGGAAACCCAGAAGGAGAACUCCAGGGCCUGGAUCAAAGGCCAACAUCAACGCUUACUUUCUUUGGGCAGCCAGGCCAAGACAGAGAACAGAAUACAAACUGCACAGGCCGUCCUGAGUUCCAGAACUGAGGGAGACUCUAAGCUGCAGGACUUGAGGACACGAUGCCAAAGUCUGUGUGAACAUCAGGACCUGGAGGAGAACAGGAGACGAGAGGUUCAGCAGACAGUCACAGACAUGGAGGAGGAGUGGGGAGACGUUCUUAAGGCUGCAAAGGAGGUGUUGGAUAAGGCCGAGGUUCAGAGUGUCAUAGAGAGGGAAAUUAUUGAAUAUUUUACCCAGAAGGGAAGCAUUCAGGCCUGGGUCAGAGACCACAAACAACCCCUACACUCUCUGGGCAGCCAGAGCCAGACUGAUGACAGAAUAAACGUAGCACAGGCUGUCCUGAAUUCCAGACCUGAGGGAGACUCUAAGCUGCAGGACUUGAGGAGACGAGGUCAGAGUCUGUGUGAACAUCAGGACCUGGAGGAGAGCAGGAGACGAGAGGUUCAGCAGACAGUCACAGACAUGGAGGAGGAGUGGAGAAGUGUCCUGCAGACUGCUGAGGAUACUAGGCGUCAGGCCCAGGUGUGGUAUUCUCUCUCCAGGCAGCUAGAGGCCUUCCAGGCCCUGGAGGAGAGCAGCAGAGACUGGUUCAAACUGCAGCAGCAGAACACACACUCCCUGGGAACAGGCACCCGGGGCAGCAAGGAAGAGAUCCAGGACAGGCUGCAGAGAGCAAAGGCUGUCCUGAGUUCCAGACCUGAGGGAGACUCUAAGCUGCAGGACUUGAGGAGACAAGGUCAGAGUCUGUGUGAAAACCAGGACCUGGAGGAGAGCAGGAGACUAGAGGUUCAGCAGACAGUCAGAGACAUGGAGGAGGAGUGGGGAGAAGUUGUACAAAAGGCUGAGGUGGUGCACAGACUGUUGCAAGGUGUGGUGGAACGCCUGGUGUCCUGUCAGUACCAGAAGUGUCAAGCCCAGUCCCGUCUGGCUGAGCUCCAGCAACAGACAGCAGAGCUGCCCCGUCACUUCCCCUGGCCUGGGCUGGGAGACCGGGGGCAGGCUGUGGAGACGGCCAGGACCCUGCUGGAUAAAACCAGGAACCUGGCCCCAGCCCUCUCUGUCCUCCACACCCAGGGCAAGGAAAUGUUCCAGCUUACCCAGGACCCCAGCUGGACAGACCUCUCCUGGGCCACCAUGGAGGAAUGCAUCCCUGCCCUUCUCAAAGAACUGACGGAGGCCUGUGUGAGGAUGGAGGAGGGCAUCCACAUGGAGAGGCACUGUGCCCAGCUAGUGGAACAGCAUGGGGCAGCCCAGGACUGGCUGAGGGAGCAUGUGAAGGGUCUGGGCCCGCAGCCCACAGACAGACAGGCUCUACACAGCUACGCCAACACCCUGAAGGCCCUGCUCCAGACUGUCGACAGGGAGGAGAGGGAGAUGAGGGAGCUGGACGCAAUCCGAGACACCCUGCUGAGCCGCUGCACCCCUGCCGGUCGGGAUACCCUGACCCUGGAGGUCAGCCACCUCCAGGACCUCCUCACUUCUUCUGAGAGAGAGAUGAGGGAAAGGCUGGCAGGCUGCGAGGCCCAGCUGAAGGAGCUGGAUGCGAAGAUGGCCAAGAAGGCCCAGGGCCUGAGGGAGAGGGCCAAAGCACUGCAGUGGGAGCUCCGUUCUCUGGACCAGGCCCUGAGCUACAGCGAGCCACACCCCAACAUAGCCCAGCUCCAGCAGCACUGGCACAGCCUCAAGAACUGCGAGAGGUCGUUGGAGGGGUUAGGGCUUAAAGUUCAUGACCUGCGUCAGGCUGCCAGAUCUGCAUCCACAGAGGAGGACCUUCCCGCUGAAGUCAUCUCCAUAAUGGAGUUACUGAGCCAGCAGCACGACAGUCUGAAGACCAGGUUGGGUGAGAGGCAGAGCUGCUGCACUGAGAACACAGCUCACUGCCUCACAGCCUCUGUUCAGCUUCUGCAGCAGUGGAACCACUCCUCACACACACGGACAGCCCCCUCCAUCCAGGCUGCAUUAGAGGAGGGUGUGCAGUUCCAAAAGGCCCUGAAGGAGGUGCUGUCUCACAGACAGUUCCUGGUGGACUGCCUGAAGCCUGACCAAGCAGACAGACUGGAGAAAGACACCACUGCAACACUCAGGGAUGCAGACACACACAGCACCUUUCUCACCAAGACUCUGAAAGAUGUAGCUGAGAAGAGUAAACAGACAAUAGAUGUGACUCAGCCCGUUGUUGUCACCUCAGUCCAGACAGAAGACAAACCAGCCGCACCACCUAGGAGGACAGCCAAGACCAAGCAGACUCCCACCCAGGAGAGUCAGCAAGCUACACCACAGUUGCUUCUCCAUAUCACAGAGAAAAACAUACCACAACCACUCCCCCCUGUCACAGAGAAAAUCAUACCAGUCAAACAAGAGUCUUCAGCUGCCACUACCAUGGCGCGUACUGAAGCCCCAAGUUCAGGGUCUGUCAUGACACCAGAACCGGCAAAGGAGAAUAAAACUGCUGUCACACAGGUGCCAAAAGCUGCAGUAGAGUCUAAACAGAGCAUGAUAGUGACCACUCGAUCGGUUGAAACCCUGAAGACGGACAUAACUUCCACCACCAUCCAAAUACAAGAUACCAAGAGUCGAUCGGCUGAGACCCUGAUAACAGAAAGAACUGUAGUCAAGGAGCAUGGUGAUACUCAUGUCACAAGAGUAGAGACUACCACUGUGAAGACGGUUAGUCAGGCAACUGACCAGAUAGACCAGGGCCUUGAUCAGGAGACAUCUUUGACGGACGCCCUACGCUCACAGCAUGCUUACAUUGACUCUGAAAAACAACGUAGUCAUGACGACACACAAGUAAAACAAGCUCAUGUCCCUGACACAAAAAAACAAGUAUGUUAUGAUGUCGACACACCGCAGCCACUAGAGAAGAAAGUGUCCUCGGUCAUUCUGGACACUGACACUCUGUAUGUGCAGAAACCAGAGAUGUGGCCACUGAUGAGCAGUGACACCGCACUUAUCAUAUCCUCCGGAGCAGUAGUGCUUGAUACUGAGAAAAUGGACUCGGACACUAAGUCCACCAGUUCUGGAUAUCCAGGAACAAAGUCCAUCAGUCCAUCCAGUCGCAAUCCACAGCAGACAGAAUCACAGAACUCCACUGUAAGGCCCAGUGAACACCCUGAGCAUAGGCUUCCUCAGUCCCAGCCGGACAGAGCUGUGGAGAACAAGGUCAAGUAUAACACUGAGGAGUUAUGGAAGGACAGCAAGACUGAGACUGAACAACGAGACCUUAUACUGGACUUGCCUGAUGUGGCUCAGCCCACUGCUGUUGCCUCUGUCCAGACAGGAGUCAAAGCACCACCCCCGUCCACACCACCUCGUAACAAGAGAAAAGCCAAGAGCCAGCAGGCCCAGCCCUCUGACACACAGCUUGAGAGAGCGUUGGAGGACAGUGUCAAGUAUAACACUGAGGAAUUAUGGAAGGACAGCAAGGCUGAGACUGAACAACGAUACAUUGUACUGGACCUGCCCACAGUGAGCGAUGUGGCUGUACCUCCUGCUGUCUCCUCAACCCAGACAGAGGACAAAGCUAAAGCACCAUCCACACCGCCUCGUACUAAGAAGACAGCCAAGAGCCAGCAGACCCAGCCCUCUGACACACAGCCUGAGAGAGUUGUGGAGGACAGUGUCAAGUAUAACACUGAGGAAUUAAUGAAGGACAGCAAGGCUGAGACUGAACAGCGAUACAUUGUACUGGACCUGCCCACAGUGAGUGAUGUCCAUAAAGAGCCUGUACCUCCUGCUGUCACUUCAAUCCAGACAGAAGACAAAGCUAAAGCACCAUCCACACCGCCUCGUACUAUGAAGACAGCCAAGAGCCAACAGGCUACAACCCAGGCCCUUCUACCCCAGGCCUCUGACACACAGCCUGCUGUGGAGAACAAAGACAAGGAUAACACUGAGGAGUUAUGGAAGGACAGCAAGGAUGACACUGAACAACGGUACAUUGUACUGGACCUGCCCACAGUGAGUGAUGUCCAUAAAGAGCCUGUUGCUACUGCUGUCACUUCAAUCCAGACAGAAGACAAAGCUAAAGCACCAUCCACACCGCCUCGUACCAUGAAGACAGCCAAGAGCCAGCAGACCCAGCCCUCUGACACACAGCCUGAGAGAGUUGUGGAGGACAGUGUCAAGUAUAACACUGAGGUGUUAUGGAAGGACAGAAAGGAUGACACUGAACAACGAUACAUUGUACUGGACCUGCCCACAGUGAGAAAUGUGGCUGUACCUCCUGCUGUCACCUCAACCCAGACAGAGGACAAAGCAAAAGCACCAUCCACACCGCCUCGUACUAUGAAGACAGCCAAGAGCCAGCAGGCUACAACCCAGGCCCUUCUACUCCAGGCCUCUGACACACAGCCUGACACAGUUGUGGAGAACAGGGUCAAGUAUAACAUUGAGGAGUUAUGGAAGGACAGCAAGACUGAGACUGAACAGCGGUAUAUUGUACCGGACCUGCCCACAGUGAGUGAUGUCCAGAAAGAGCCUGUUGGGAAAGAGGACAAACCAAAAGCACCAACUCAACCAGCACCUUCCACAUCACCCCUGGCCUCUGAGAUAAGUAAACAGAAGGCCGAUGUGGCUGUACCUCUUGCUGUCACCUCUAUCCAGACACAAAUCGAACCAACAGCACCAGUACCAUCCACACUGCCUCGGACCAAGAAGACAGCCAAGAGCCAACAGGCUCCCACCCAGGAGAGUCAGCAAGCUAAGCCACUGUCACACACCCCUGUCAAAGAGAAAACAAUACCAGUCAAACAAGAAGCUUCAGCUCUGACUAAACCGGAGAGCAAGGUAAUCGGUUCUGAUCAACCCAGUCAAACAAAGACACACGUCACUAAGACAGUGCAGUCAGAGAAAGCAGAGACAGUGUGGACUGAAAUUGACAUAUCUCAGGCAGAGGUUAGCAAAGCAUGCUUACCACAGACUCAACCAGAACCCUCCAAAGCAACGAGUGACAGAGCUAUUGAGGUUGAGGGCAAAGGGACCUGGGAAGAGAAUGCUAAAGAGUGGAGAAGUGAACAUGACCAAUGUGAGGCGCAAGAAAGUCUGACCGAACCAAAGGUGAAGUUGGAGGCUACUGCCCAACCAGACAGAAAACAGUCAGCUAAAAUCGAAAGUGAGAGUCAGUCAGUGAGUGAAAAACAGCCAAAGAGAGAUGCUGCCCAAACAAUCAAGCAACAUGGAACUACAGCUGCAAUUGAGAACACCCGAAAAGAAGACAGGGAGAGCAGCACUGAAGGCCAGCCAGAGCAGCAACAGGUGUGCAGCACAGAGGAGCCAGCAACUCCUGUUGAGGCAGCAGUCCCUGUUGUAAAGAAGGAGACUCUAACCCCAGACCCUUUUGUGAAGAAAGAGACCCCAGCUGCACCAGAAGGACCCACCAUGCAGGACAUCUUCACUGAUAUCCAGCGUCUGUCACAAACUGGACCAAAGAGCCUUCUCAUUAAGAUUAAACCUUGGGAGGACCCCAUGAGGAUUCUGAACACGUCUCUGGCUGACCUGCAGGCUCGUCUGAGCAGGCUGGUGGUCAGGGUACUGGGCUGCAGAAACCGCCCUGCAGACCUCAGCCCCGCAGCCAUGGCUUUGCAGGUGGAGGAGGCCGAGGAGUGCAGACAGGCUGCUCAGACCCAGGUGUCUGUGUUCUCCCAGCCCAGAGAGGCUCAGACUGCAGACCGGGAGGCCUUUGAGCAUGUGGAGAGCCAGUGGGGCGCAGCAGUGUGGGAUGCCUCGGAAGCUGUCCACUGUAAGGAGGCCCAGCUGCAGCUGGUCACUGAGUUGGACAGGCAGACACAGACAGUCAAGGCCACUCUGGAGAAGCUGUCUGCAGAGCUGGAGGCCCUCACAACAUCUCCAGUGGAGAGCAGCUCAGCAGAAGCUGAGGAGCUACGUUCCUUUCUGCGGGGUAUGGAGGAGGACAGGACCGUCAUGGGAGAGCUGAUCCUCACUCUCACCAAGCUGUCCCCCCACCUGAACCAGGCAAAACGAGCUGCUGCACAGAUCCAGCAGAUAGGCCUGCAGGAAGAGUGGAGGUCACUGGAGAGAGCUUCAGAGAAGACCCUGUACUGUGUCAAUGGCUAUGCCAGGGAAACCAGCAGCCUUCUCGCAGAGAUCUCCUCUCUUCAGGAGCAACUGGAGGUCUUAGGAAAGGCUACAGGCUCACCCCAUUCCACUACAAUCCAGUGGGACAGCAAGAGGGCCCAGGAGCUGAUGAUGGUGAAUGCUGAGCUGACUGCAGCUCAGCAGAAAUACCUCUACCUGCAGCAGAGCUCAGAGGCUCUGGUCCACAGCUCCCAAUGGGAGAAGGAGACGAAGCAGAUAGAACAGGGGCUCCAACAGGUCAAGGAGCAGCUGGAUCGUGUUGGAGAGCAGGUGUCCUCUCAGACCCCCAGCAGUGACAACCCUAUCAUGAAUAAGAUCCACAAGGUAAUGAUGGACGCUUUUGCCUGGGCCAAGCAGACGGAGAGCGACAUCGAGGGCCGGAGGAGGAAGGUGGCCCUGCUCCCUGAGGAGGUCCAUCGGCAGAUCAAAGACCUGAAGAAGGUGCAGUGGGAGAUGGCGGCCAAGCAGGCCCAGCUGGAGGCCCUGGUGGAGGAGGUGGAGGAGCUGCUCCCAGAGCUGGACCAGGCUGAUGAGGUCCCCAUGGUGCACUCCUCCCUGGUCAGCCUGGAGAGUCUGUCCAGGUCCACCACAGAGAAGCUAGCCAAGGCUGUGAAGGAGAUGGAGUCAGGCCUGCAGACUAGAGAGAAUAUGUCAGAGCAGAUAGCAGACCUGGACUCCUGGGUGGUGAGUCACCUCCAUAGAGAAGCCUCCAGGAGGGGAGAGGGGGAGGGCCAGAGUACUAAAGACCUGGAUCGCCGGGUCAGACAGAUUCAGGAGACCCUGGUAGAGACGGAGAAACAGGCUGCUGUGUCCGAGGCUCUUCUCAUGAGGAGCAGAGACAUCGCCUCUGAGCUCAGCAUCACAGAGAACUGCCGCCUCAAUGAGAAACUCACAAACCUCCAGGAGGACAUCAAGAGCAUCAUCAGCUAUGAGAAAGCUAACCAGCAGGAGCUGGAGGAACUCCUUCAGACUCAAGACGCAUCUAGGCAGAAGGUGACCACGGUGGAGAAGAGCCUGAGACAGAUGCUGGUGGACCUAAACAGACACAGGUUCCCGGUCACAAGGGAGACUCUAAGCACCAUUGAGCCGUUUAAACACAUGAUCGUGGAGCACAAGUGCCAGGUGGACAAGCUACAGCCCUUCAUCCCUGAGGAGAAGAAACAAGAGCUGCUGUGUGUCAUUUCCCAGUUGCACUGCAAAAUGAGCACGCUGAAUAUGAAGGCCAAAGAACACGAGAGGUACCUAACCUUCAGGCAGUGUGUGGAGGAACUGCGGGAAAAUGUGGAGGAGCAGGUCCUCCAGACCAAGGAGGAGAACAGGGGGAAAGAGGAGAGGUACACGACCGGUCAGGUCAUCCUCACUCAGCUCCCUCUGAUAAAGAGACUAUGUGAGGAGGCUGCUGAUGAGCUGCAGAGCAUCUCCCAGGACCUCUAUCCCUCACAGCUGACUGCAGAGCAUGGGAGGCUUAAGCAGAACCUGGAGAGCUUCCAAACCUGGGAGAUGACUGUGAUCAACAACAUCCAGAUCCUGGAAUGGGGCCUGCUGAAGGAGGUGCACCUCCAGUCAGAGCAGAGAGCUGUGCUGUCCUUCCUAAGGGACAUCCAGCGGGAGCUGCAGCAACCAUGCCAAGUGGAGCCCACAGAGGAAGCCGUCGACAAGGAGCACUGGAGGAUUGUGACCCUGCGGAUGACCGUGGAGUGCAGACUGAGGGUGUUGAAGAUUCUAGAGCGCAAGAAAGGAACUAGGCAGCAGGAUGGAUCCCCGGAGUAUAGUGACCUGAUGGACCUGAAGAAUGCAAUCCUGAAUGAAUGUGACUUACGAAUGGAGAGCAUUUCCCAGGCACGGGAUUCUUUGAGAGACUACACUGGAGCUGUGAGCGGUGCUGUCCGGUUCCUCCAGGAGGCUGAGGCCCUGCUCCAUCCCUCAUUAGCCCCAGUCGGAGGUUGCCUUGAGAGGCUGAGGGACAUCCAGCAGGCCCUGGCCUCCAUGGAGGAGCAGCUCCAUUCCCAUAUAAGCCAGCUCCAGACCCUGGCCCUCCAGCAUGACUACCUGAGCCCCCAGAUGGUGGAGCGUCUACAGAGGGAGGUGCUGAGCCAGCUCCUGGUGCGGAUGUCCACCCUCCAGGCGCAGGCCCAGCUCAAACUGGAGGCCCUGCAGAGGUGUGCUGAGUAUCACAGAAGGUAUAGGAAGUGCCAUGAGGAGAUCUGCCAGGGUGUAAAGAGCGCAGAGACCCAUCUCUCCUACUGUCACUCUCACAAAGUCAGCUCUGUCACUGACUGCACCGACCAGCAAGCUAAGCUAAAGGCUCUGUCUGAGGAGGUGGACUCUGUAACUGGGCUUCUAAAGUGUUUGGGGGAGUGGUGCCCGGAGCAGGGUUGCCGUUGCAGCAGGGAGGGGGCGGUGAGCGCGCUCUGGAGGCAGGUGGCAAGACUGCAGCGUUGCACCUGCAAUCUGAAGACUCACUCAAAUCAGAGGGCAGACGAAUGGAGUGAUAUUACAAAGAGCGUGGAGCGAGCAUCCAUCAUGCUGGAGCAGGUGGAGGCUGAGCUGCCAGAUAACUCCAGGGAGAAGGUGUGUGGGGAAGAGCUGCAGGUGCUGCUGUUGUACUGGGACCAGUACCAGGACAGGCUAGACUGUGAGCACCGAGCUCUCUCAGCUCUCGAGCUCCGUAUUGCCAGACUGCUGGGCGUCCCCGCCCACCUGGAGCAGGCCCCGCCCACCCCGCUGUGUCAGCAGUUGCAGGUCAUGCAGGACCGCUAUGGCAGUCUGAAGGAGAAGAGCAUGCUGGGGCGGUGUGUGGUGCGGACGGAGGUGGAGGAGAGGGACAAGGUGAGGGAGGAGCUGAGUGGGGUGAAGGCAUGGCUGGUGGCUGCAGAAGACCGCCUCUCACAGCUGGAGCAGUGUCCCAGCACACAUAAGCUACAGGAGGUUCACACCCAGCUGUGUACCCAGAAGGCCGUGCUGCAGCGCAUCAUGGAGGGUCUGAGGAUGAAGUACUCGGACAUGUACACCCUGGUUCCCGUGGAGAUAGAGGGACCGCUACAGGAAGUUACACACUCACUGCAGGAAGUAGAGGAGAAGGUAGGGGAUGUAAUGGAGAAGAGCGGUCCCCUGCACAGACUGGGAGCCAAGGUGUCUGAGAUCAAGGCUGGUCUGGGAUCAGUGCAGGAUAAAUUGCAGCAGAGAAGCCCCUCUCUAUCAGAGGCAGAAAGCACACAGAAGCGUGUGUGGGACGAGCUGGACAUGUGGCACUCCCGUGUGGCAGCGUUGGAGGUGGAGGUGCAGGAUCUGGAGCAGGCUGAGGAGGCCCAGGUCCUCACAGAGAGCCUGACGGAGGCCCAGCUGCUCCACUCACACAUGGCCAAGCAGGCAGAGCAGAGGACUGCCUUCCUCAGCAAGAUCAGCACAUGGUUACAGGAGCAUGAUGAGAUGAUCAACAGUUCCAACAGUUGGCUAACUGAGGCUCAGUCCUGGCUCACUGCUCCCUGUACCUACACUACAGCCAAAGAUUUGGCCAGCUAUGUCCAUGCACUACAGAUGGUGCUGGAUGACUCGCAGCAGAUCCGCAUCACUCUGCAGGGCUUUGUGUCCGUGCUGAAGGAGAUCUCCCUGGUGUGUGACAUCACAGCGCAGCAGGAGCAGCUGGCCGAGGCUGACCGCCAUGUGGCCGCUGUGCAGCAGGGCUUUGUGGCUCCGCUCUCCCAGCUAGACCAUGCCGCCGCCGAGGUGGAAGCUAUAGAGACAGAGGUGAAGACGAUGGAGAAGGACGUCACUGAGAUCAGGACGUUGUUAUCGUCCCCUGACACUCUUCCCAGCCCCAGAGAGGAGAGCCUGAAGGUGUGUGUGGACAGGAUCCAGUCAAUGCGGACGACCAUAGCAGAGAUCCAGAGCUGUAAGCCAGGCCUGUGUCUGCCAGAGAAGGCUGAGGAGACCCUCACUGUCUUUCGGAGAGUGGACCAGCUCCAACAGCAGCUAGAGGAGCUGGAGAAGAUGGUUCCAGGGGAGUUCAUAGUGAAGAAACAGACACUCACUUUAGUGAAGGUCCCUGCACCUAGCCCAACUGUACCCACCUCUUCCACAGAGAAUGUUUCUGUGCCCAGCUCAACAUUACCAGCCACUGAGGAAGCAGAGGAGAAUGGAGUGGAGCAGGGCCAGAUCCAGAUAGUCCAUGUAGAGGAAGACGCACUGAAUAGUUCUGGAGCUUCACUGAUGACCGUGGAGGAGUCUUCUCCUGAACAGAGACUCAGCUGGGGAACGGAGAAGAGUCGGGACCCUGAGGUUGCAGCAGAAGAGAGCCAUGCUGCAGCUGAGGAAGAAGGGGGAACCACAGCCAUGGAACAGAGUCAGGACACAACUGAACAGGACCUCUCUGUAGUGGGUCUCUCGGUCGCCUCAGGAACAAGUGUGUCCGAAGCUUUAUCAAAACCUGUGGGCACAGUCAGAACACAGUCUCUGUCUGAAAGCAUGGAGCUCAUGGGACAGAGGGGGCUUGCAUGGAGGGGGGAUGACAGCCACCCAGAGGGGCUGAAGACACACAUCAGAGACACACACACACACCCAGGGGGCUCACCUGCUGCACAUACACUCACAGAGGAUGUACAGACACUCACUGAGGAUGUACAGACACUCACUGAGGAUGUACAGACACUCACUGAGGUCGCAGUGGACACAAGUGUCCCCAAAUACAUCCAGACAGUAACUCCAGUCCUUUUACCAACGAGGAGGCUGUCAAAGGUGGAUAGUAGGCUGGUGUCAUCUGAGGCAGGGCAGGCCUGUCUGGUUCAGCCAUCCUCUGAGAAGGCUCUGGUUGCUCCAGAGCAGAGGCCCACAGUGCCCCAGCCAAUGCCCAGAAAGAAAAAAAGCGAACCUCAGACAGGGUCGCUCACGGCACCAUCCCAGCCUAUAGAGAUGGCACUCACUGUAUCCACUGGACAGACACACACAGCCUCUAAUCUCACACACCAGACACCUGUGCAAGUUGAGGCAUCUACCCCUCUAGCAGCACCUGAGGAGACCAGGCCCCCCACCACCACCACCACCCUGGGUGUGGUCAGCACACACACUGUCCCUCAGACCACACUCAAACCCACUGAAGAGGACAUGGAGGGUGUGCAUCCAGCAGCAACCCUGGCCCCAGGGGUGUUCCCAGCCCCAGCCUUGACUGGGCCCUGCCCCACUCUGGGGGUGCUUAAUGCCUACAGUGAACGGGCCACCCAGCUAGAGGUUUGGCUGGAGAGAGCCCAGCACAGCCUUGGAGUGCUAGAGCGGGCCACCACUGCCAGCAUGCAGGACAGUGUGGAGCAGCAGCUCCUCACGUGCCAGGAGAUGUUCCUGGAGAUAGAGCAGAAGGUAGCCAGUCUGUCUGUCCUGGAGCAGCAGGAGGGCUCAGCAGGGUCCCACCAGGAGGCUGAGGCCCUCUCCUCCAAACUGGAGCUGCUCAAGACCAGCCUGGUCACCUUCCAACUGUUGUUGCAGGAGAGACAGAGCCAUGAGCAGAUGCACACCAGCACACAUACAGAGGAGCAGGUGCCAUCACCGUCACAGUCAUCACUCAGAAAGCCUCCUCUAGAGGGCAGACUGCAGCGUAGCGACAGUGUCCAGGAGAUUCUCUCUUCCUCCAAGAGCAAACUCUUUAGACAGACCAGCUUUCAACAGCAGAAGGAAUUGGAGCAGGAGCUGAGUGAGCAGAGAGGCCUGACCAAGGCUAUCGCCCAGCAGGGGAGUAGAGGUCGUCUCCAUGGCCAGGCCCAAAAGGAUCAACCUCAGCCAUGCACACGAGUUCCUGUUGAACCUGAAGGAGGGGGGGAGGCAGGGGUCCAAAGGAAGUGGACACACCUUCACAACCAGCUUCUGGCCUUGGAGGAGACUGCACAGCAAGGUCCUUCUUAUGGGACAGACUCAUCUGUGAGUCAGAGCAAUGGAUCAGCCAGUAGUCUCAUUGACUCCAAGAGCUUUCAGGACAUGCAGACACACAUAUGUCGGCUGCGGGAGCUGGGCCAGACUGCCAGUGAGGUGGUGACUCAGGCUGUGCCGGACGAGGAGGUUCAUCAGAGGCUGGAUGAGGGUCUGUUUGAGGUGCUAUGUGGGGUGGGCCUAUCGCUGUCCUCACUGACCCGCCUCCUGCAGUCCCCCUCAAGGAAGUCACAUGAGGACACACAGCUCCAGCUGAUGCAGCUCGAGACUCUGGCAGCAGAGCUGGUGACCCUGGGUGGUGAGCUGACCUCCCAGGGGUCAGAGGUAAUUGGUGUUCUGGGGUCAGGUGGAUGUCAUCUGUGUGUGGAUCACCUGGGUAAACUCCUGCCUGUGGUCCAGAGCAGUCUGGCUGCCAGAGAGAAGCAGCUGCAGGCCCAACUGGAGAAGACAGGCCAUCACCAGACACUCUUAAAAGAGUUGCAUGCAGCCCUUCUUGCUAAUAAUUUGGCCGUACAACAAAUGACUAACGAAGCUGUCCCUCAAGACACUUGCAAGCAGCUACAGGCUGUGGUGCAGGUCCAGGGAGAGCUGCAGCUUCAGUCCAGCCAGGUGUCCUCCCUGCAGGAGAGGGCAGAGAGACAGGGUCUGCCCUCCACACUCAUAGAGGAGGCCUACAAGCUGGAGGUUGUGCUGGAAAAUGUGUUGGGCUCUGUGGGGGCCAGACGUGAGGAGCUGAGGGCCAGUGUUGAUCUCCAGCAGCAGUUUGAGAGGCUGCUACAUGGCCUGGAAGUGCUGGUCACCCUGGGCUCAGAGCGUCUCUCACAGAGGCCUGGUCUGGAGCUCCACACCAGGACUGAGCUACAGGACUGCCUUAGCACACAUUCGAAGUUCUUCCAGUUCCUGGGGAUCCACCUGGGGACCCUGCAGCACCUAUCCACGAGAGUCUCAGAGAGCACCCUCCAGAGGUGGGAGGGAGUGAUGAGGAGCCUCCAGGAGAGGGUGACCCAACUGCAGCAGCAGGCCCUGGAGAGAGGCACCAGGAUGCAGCAGAUAUUACAGAUAUGGACACAGUGGGAGGAGGAAAGUACCAGUCUGGACACCCUGCUUAGGGAUAUGGAAGCUGGCCUGUCCAAGAUGCACCUGGAGGAGGACUCAGUGGCACAGAUUUGCGAGAAACUCUCUGUCUAUCAGAAAAUGAGAGCAGUCCUGAAUGAGAGUGGGGCAAAGUUCAGCCGGAUGCAGGAGCAGGGGAGGUGGCUGAAGGAGGCGGGUUGCCAAGGGGUGGGCGUGUUUGGGUGUGGCCUGGAGGCUCGCUGGACCACCUUUCACUUGAGGCUGGAGCAACAACGAGUCAGCACAGAUAGGAACAGGAAACUGUGGAGCAGGUUUUCCCGUGACUUUGUGGCACUGAGCAAGUGGAUCGUUGGGGCCAGGGAACACAUCAACAGUUGGAUCAUUUUCACUCUCACAGCCAAUCAGGAGCGAGAGCUGAAACCCAUUCACUCCCACCUUAACCAGUAUAUGGACUUCACCAAAGAGCUGGAAGUUAGGUCGGCUCUGAAGGCCUCAGUGAUCACCACUGGAACACAGCUACUGCAGCUGAGAGAGGCAGCGACAGCGCCAGAGCCCCAGUCUGCUGCCCCAGAGCCUUGCUCUGUACAGACCCAGCUCAGACAGAUAGAGCAGGACUGGGCUGGCAUUCUGUCUGAUAUACCUGCUGUCCAGCAGACUCUGCAUCAGUUGUUGAUGGAGAGGCUGUCCCCACAGGGGGCCUUGACUGAGCUGCUAGCCUGGGUUGGAGAGACUGAGGCCAGGCUAGAAGAGCAGAGGGAUAGGGUCCACCAAACCACCUCCACCAAUGCGGACCUCAACCUAGUCCUUCAGAGCUUCAAGGUGUGUAAGGCUGAGAUAGCAGUCCGCCAGCUCACAGUGGACUAUGUCAACCAGUCAGAGUUGCAGACGAGCAGAGGGCGAUAUGAACACCAAGAUUAUGCUGAUGAGCUGGGCGGUCUUAACCAUCGCUGGCUCAGUCUACAGGGCACCAUCAACAACCAGAUCCAGGAUGUUGAACAGGAGCUGAGGAUGUGCACAGAGAGAGAGGUCAGACUGCAGCACCACCACACCUGGCUCACCAGUCAGAGAGAGUGGAUGGGCUCAGCCCAGAGGCCUGUCAGUCACUCUGAGGUGGAGAAGAGCUUAAAAACCUGUGAGGGUCUGGAGGAGAAACUCUGGCUAAAUUAUACAGCACUUCAAGAGUUGCGAGAGAAACACCACACAGGAAAAGAGGAUGGCACCUGUGCCUUCAUCACUCAGACAGAUGAUGUCAUUAAGGCCUGUACAGCCCUCAGUCAAGAGAACCCAGCUGUGCGACAGAGACUGAAACAGGUAUUGGAGCUGUGGGCUGGGUUUGAGAAAGGACUGAAUGAUGCAACACUGGACACAGUGAAGACCUGCCAGGCUAUGGAAUACAGCUGCUUCCCUCAGCUUUCUCUCCAGGCCCUGCAAGGACUCCAUGAAAAGCUCCAGCUUCUAAGGAAGGAGACUGAGGGGUGUGACUCAGAAUGGGACGGUCUGAUCCACACUCUCUCCAUCCUCAGGGACAUGAUCAGUCCUACAGCCACCUUCCUCAUGUCAGAGCAACUGGAUAGAGAGAGAACCAGGUGGAAUAAGGUGAAUCGUGAGCUGGAGAAUCACCUGAAUAGAACUCAGACACUGCUCCAGAUCUGGGGGGCUUAUGCCCGUCUCUCUGUACCUUUCUCCCAACGUCUGCAAACACUGAGGGGUGAUGUCACAGCUCUGAUGAACCAGCCACCAGGUCAGGACAACACUACACAACUGGUUGCAGCCCAGAUACAGGCCGUCCAUAGCCUGCAGGAGAGAACAGACAGUUUGCAGACCAACCUGGAGGGGGUGCUAGAGGCCUCUAAGGAACUCAGUGGACGAGUGGAACCCUCGUCUGCCGUCUUCAUCCAAUCAGAGAGCCGUAUGCUGACCCGUGGUGUCCUACAUCUGAGCCAGUCACUGGCCGAUAAGCUUGGGCAUCUCCAGGAAGAGCAUGAGCAGCUCCAGGAGUUUGAGAGUGUCUUGGCAUCCCUUGAGAAACACCUUGAGGACUGGGAGGGGAGACUGAAAAGUGUAACCGUGCCUCCACAAAUGUAUAUAUCCAAGAUGGGUCUGCUGGAGCUGAGUGGCUUCUCUCCUGACCUGGACAUACUGAAUGAGCUGAGCUACAGGCUGACCCUCAGUGACCCUGCCACCCACAGACUACAGAGCCUCAACUGGAGCUGGGCUCAGGCCUCGGCCCGCGCUGUGGAGACCUACAGUGAGUUGCAGACAGAGUCACUGAGGCAACAGAGUUUUCAGGAGAAGUGUGAGAACUGGAUGGACUUCCUACAGACGAUGGAGGACAGCCUAGCAGUAGACCUGGCCAGCACCUACAGCGGCCUGAGAGAGCAGCUACGCACACACCAGAGGUUCCAGUUAGAGAUGUCUAUCGGUCAUCAGAUCCUGCACUCUGUAAUCAAUGAUUCUCUACGUCUGCUGCAGAGGGGAGACGUGGAUGAUAGGAGCGACUUCAUCCUGAAGCUGGCCCAGCUGAGGGAGCACUGGCAGGGGGCUGUUCAGAGGGCAGCUCAGAGGAGCUCCCUGGUGGAGGGGCUAGUCAAACACUGGCACCUCUACAGCCGCAGCCUCAGGAAGCUCCAGAGGUUCGUAGCAGAUGCCCAGGCCCUCCUGCCCCCCACAGGGCCAGCCCACUGCAGCCUGCAGCAGCUCCGAAGCUCCCUCUACGACAUAAAGCACACGGAGCUGCUUUUCCAAAGGUACCAGUGCAGCUACAUCCACACUCUGGAGCUGGGCCGUCAGCUCUUCUCCAUGGGGGACGAACAGACUCAGGCACAGCUGCAGACCGAGCUGGCUACCCUGCAGGAGGACUGGGAGAACCUGCAAGGACUGCUUGAAAAGAGAAAGGACAUAACAAACGCUAUCAUUCAGAACUGGGAGCGCUGCGAGGCCAGACUAUCCGAUAGCAUGCAGCAGCUGGACACCAUGCAGACCGGACUGAAGCAGUCGAUCCCAGAACAUGACAAUGAGCUCCAAGUUACAGAGAAACUCACUAAGGAGGCUGAGAACUCACUGGAUGACUGGGCUGAGAGCCUGACUGAACUUGCCACCAUGAAGACGGACCUGUCCCAGUACAUCAUUGCUGACGACGUGCUGCUACUCCAGGAGCAGGUGGAGCACCUCCACUGUCAAUGGGAGGAACUCUGCCUCAAGGUUUCCCUACGUAAACAGGAGAUAGCAGACCGUCUCAACGCAUGGAUCAUCUUCAAUGAGAAAAACAAGGAGCUUUGUGAAUGGCUGACGCAGAUGGAAAACAAAGUGGCACACAAUGCCGACAUCAGCAUCGAGGAGAUGGUGGAGAAGCUGAAGAAGGACUGUAUGGAGGAGAUCAACCUCUUCAGUGAGAAUAAAACCCACCUGAAGCUGCUUGGAGAGCAGCUCAUCACUGCUAGCAACAAGACCAAGGAGACCGAGGUCAACGACAAGCUGAAGGACAUCAACGACCGCUGGCAGCAUCUGUUUGAUCACAUAGAGACCAGGGUGAGGAAGCUAAAGGAGACUCUGGUGACAGUGCAGCAGCUGGAUAAGAAUAUGAGCAACCUGCGGACGUGGCUGUCACGGAUCGAGGCCGAGCUGGCCAAGCCCGUGGUCUACAGCGUCUGCCACAGUGAUGAGAUCCAGAGGAAGCUGGCUGAGCAGCAGGAUUUGCAGCGGGACAUUGAGCAGCACACGGAGGGCGUAGCGUCAGUUCUGACUCUCUGUGAUGUUCUUCUCCACGAUGCUGAUGCCUGUGGGAGCGACACAGAGAACGACUCCAUCCAACAGACCACCCGUAGCUUGGACCGCCGCUGGAGGAACAUCUGUGCCAUGUCCAUGGAGAGGAGGAUGAGGAUUGAGGAAACAUGGCGACUGUGGUGUAAGUUCCUGGAUGACUAUUCCCGCUUUGAAGACUGGCUGAGGACAGCUGAGCGCACCGCGGCCAACCCUGUCUCGGCGGAUGUCCUCUACACCAGCGCCAAGGAGGAACUCAAGAAGUUUGAGGCAUUCCAGAGGCAGGUCCAUGAGAGGCUGACCCAGCUGGAGCUGGUCAACAAGCAGUAUCGCCGUCUGGCCAGAGAGAACCGCACCGACGCCUCCAGCAAACUCAAAGUCAUGGUUCACGAGGGCAACCAGCGCUGGGACAGCCUGCAGAAGAGGGUGUCCGCCAUUCUCCGUAGACUCAAGCACUUUACCUCUCAGAGGGAAGACUUUGAGGGCACACGGGAGGGUAUCCUGGUCUGGCUCACUGAGAUGGACCUGCAGCUAACCAACGUCGAGCACUUCUCAGAGAGCGACAUCGAGGACAAGAUGAGGCAGCUCAAUGGCUUCCAGCAGGAGAUCACUCUGAACACCAAUAAGAUCGAUGCUCUGAUCGUGUUUGGGGAGAACCUGAUCCAGAAGAGUGCUCCUCUGGACGCCGUGCUAAUAGAGGAUGAGCUGGAGGAGCUGCACUCCUACUGCCAGGAGGUGUUUGGCAGGGUGGCCCGCUUCCACCACCGCCUCAUCAACAGACGCCCGGUUCUGGAGGAGGAGCGGGACCUGUCUGACCGCGACACAGAUCUGGAGGACUCAGCGGAGCUGGCUGGAAGUUCCUGGGGGGAGGAAGACGAAGAGGAAAAGGAGGAGGAUGAGUCCCGAGUGACGGGCGAGUCAUUGGGACGGCAGGCCGUGUGCCGUCUCUUGGCCCCCCCUCUGGAGUGUUCGGGGCGAGAGACCCCGGUCAGCGUGGACUCUAUCCCCCUGGAGUGGGACCACACUGUGGAUGUGGGGGGAUCUUCAUCCCAUGAGGAUGAGGAGGAUGCUACCUACUAUAGCGCCAUGUCAGAUGUAGAAAUCACUGAGAGCUCAGAGUCCUUUGUUAAGGCAACUGCCAAAGCAUUGAGAGCAGUCUCGGUGAAGUCGGUGACUGACCCCCCCAGCUGGCACUCCCCUGAGCCACAGGAGAGGAAACAUGUUCCCAGGGACAUCAUCUUGGGCCUGGGCUCCUCUCCCACCCACAUCACCAGCACCCCCUUUCACCAGCAGGGCUAUGUCAAGCUGAUGUCAGAGUGCAGUGGCAGUAUCGACAGUGUGAAGAGGGUCAAACUGAUCUUAAAUGACGAGGAGCUGGAGGACCAAGGCCUCACCACGUUAACCACCGCAGACAAACAGACUGGUGUGAUCGAGCGCUGGGAGCUGCUACAGGCCCAGGCCCUCAGUGACGAGCUAUGCAUCAAACAGGACCUGCAGCAGUGGCAGAAGCUGAACUCUGACCUCAAUGAGAUCACUUCCUGGCUGGGCCAUGUGCUACCAGAGCUAGAGAGGCUGCAGAGGCUGGCUCCGGCUACCAGCAUCCGAGAUAUGGAGGGCAACAUCAGGAGACUCAAGGAGAUGCAGAAGACGUUCAACAGCUACAAGUCUCUGAUGAUCUCCAUCAACCUGAGUGGGCAGGACUUCCAGUGUGGGGACAGUGCUGAGCUGCAGGAGCUGCAGGAGGGCCUGAGGACAGCCAAUCACAGCUGGACACAGGCCUGCAUCGGGCUGGAGAGCUGGGAAGAACGACUGCAGAGCGCACUCAUGCAGUGCCAGGAGUUCCAUGAGACGCUGCACUCCAUGUUGCUGUGGCUGGCCAGGGCUGAGAGCACACACUACGCCGUCAACAUCCAUGACCGGUUUGCACAGCACUCUGUCCUGCUGGAGCACAGAGACACACUCAUGGCCCUGGAGGAGGAGUUGCGUGGGCGCCAGCAGCAGGUCUCCUCCCUUCAGGAGAUCUCCUCCCAGCUCCUCCUGGAGGCCACGGCUGAGGACACCGUCGAGGCAAAGGAGAAGGUCCACGUUAUCGGCAACAAGCUCCGACUACUACUGCGCCAGGUGGCCAAUGACCUGCACAUCCUGCAAGGCAGGCUGGAAUCGUGUCCAACCAGCUCUGAGAUGGAUAGUGUUGCUCCGGGAUCGCUCAGCUCUCAACUCCAGCUGCAGAAGGAGAAAGCUGGAAUGAGAGCUGCAGGAGUCCAAGACGCAGGCUGCAGAAAGGAGGAGAAGGGAGACUCUUCCUCAGCUCGGCCAUUCUUCUACAGGGUACUGCGUGCUGCCUUCCCCCUCCACCUGCUCUUCCUGCUGCUGCUGGUGCUGGCUUGCCUGGUGCCUCUGUCUGAAGAGGACUACAGCUGUGCCCUGUCCAACAACUUUGCCCGCUCCUUCUACCCCAUGCUGCGCUACACCAACGGCCCCCCGCCCACAUGAGACAGCAACAACACCCACCCCCAUGCCCCCGCCUUUUAAAGUCCCCAUCCACCACUGUCGGAAACGGCCCCGAAAAACACAGACUGGAGCCAAGCGUUCUGUUUCUCCGCUCCAAAUGUUUUUUAGAAAAGUUGUCUAAAGUAAAAUUGAAUUAGGUAUUUAUGUAUACAUAUUUAUAUUUAAUAUAUGUUGAGCGCUCAUGAAGUUAUGCGGCUCUGAAAAUAAGAAAAUAAGCCAUAUCAUUGGUUUGGUUUUGAAGUAAACAUUUUUAUAUGUAGUGAAGAUGAUUAUUAUCCCCAUCAAGUUGUUUUCCACAUACAAAAAAAUAUUUCAAAAUGAUUUUGAUAGCUUUGUUUUAUCAUUACAGAUACUGUAUACUCAUAAUGGCAAACUGCAGUUGCUACCAAAGGCUCAGAGUACUGAGGAUAUUGAUCAUUACUGUUUCUACCAUUUUACUUAGGACAACCAAUUGUGGAUAUCACACAUUUUUGUACAUAUCGACCGAAAACAAUUUUGUUUUUUUGUCUGUUUGAUUUAGAAUCAUGUACACUGUGAUGUCAUUUUCACUGAAUUAUGGUAGCGAAUCAACGGCAAACAUGCCUUGCUGUAGUCAGUGCUGUGGAAAAUGUGUUUGUUUAUAAAUAUUUUAUUUACACUACAGUGUACCUAUGAUUUUGUGUGUAUGAGUGCAUUUGUACAUAAUGGCAAACUACUGACAAAGCAAUGGUAAAUUAUUGACAAUGUGUGUGAGCAACCCUAUCUCCCAAAGAGGCCUUGUGAUUGUGGGCCACCCUGGGCUGAUGGGGGACAUAGAGUGCGGCUUACAAAUCGUUUUAGUACCGGAAAACUAAAUCAACAACGUUUGGAUGUGCUCCUCUGUUACACUUUUCUUUCCUGCGGUUGAAUAUUGUGAGUAAAAUCUGAUGCGGUCAUAGCUAUAGAAUACACUACAGUAUAUGAAUAUAUAGGUGACAUGAACCUGGGCCAGUCAGUGAGCGAUUAAUGUUGCGGUGUACAUGCAGAAUCAAAGAGUACGUAUAGACUAGAAGGUUUCCUGUCCGUAUGCUUUGGCUUUCUUCACAAAGAAGGCUUACUCGUGUAAAAAAAUGUGUCAAGUUGGAGCUGAUCAGAGAACAGUUAAUUUACCUAGCUCCAUUAGUGUACAUAGUCAAGUCACUUUGUACUGCUCUGUAGUACAAUGAAACAAAGAGAAAACAAUGGUGUACAGUUGAAUACAUUUUUUAAUGCUUAUUUAUGGAUGAUGAAUAGCUUGAAUUCAUUUUUACUUGACAAUAAACAUUGUUUGCCAUA